AUGGUACGCAAUGCGAAUCAGGGCAUCCAUGAAUUCAUCCUGGAUUUGCUCACUCAAGCUGCAAAGUGUGAUUUUGGAGAUUUACUGGACAUGCAAUUGAAAGAUCGGUUGAUCGCUGGCAUUAACAAUACCGUUUUGCAAAACGAACUUCUGAAGCUAUCCAAUCCGACGUUCAAAGAUUUGCGGGCUUAUUGUGAAUAA